GUUAGGGUUUCUUUUCAUGACCCCAAAUUACGACCAUGCUACCCUCUAAAGCAAUCCAGGACCUGGUCACUAUCCUACGCCACGACUUUACUGUCGAAUUGAACGCUUCAUUAGCUUCGUUGCCACCUCAAUCUUCCCCUUGUCUGAAGAUACAUGCUGAGAUCUGCAUCGAUCCAUCUGUGCCACAGGGUGAGAUUGGAGGAUACAAGUCCCAGCCAAUUUAUUUAGGCUCAAUUUCUUUAGAUCAAGCCGAGAUCCAUGGGUCCUUUAAUCAACAAAGCACAACACCUGUGGCUACAGACCCUUCUCUCUUGCCUAAUAAUUCGAUCGUGGAGGGGCUUGGAUCAACUCAUAAUGGGCCAGAACUUUCCAACAUUCACCAAACUCACCCCCUAGAGAAAAAACGAAAGACUAUUGGAGGACUAACAAUUAAAAGAGGCAGCUACGAUGAGAUGCCAGAUGACUCUAGCUCAUCUUCCCAAGUAGGCAGCUCGGCUGCGCGACAGUUGCAGACAGAAUUCCGAGUGUUUCCUCAAAGAAAAAAGAAGAAUGGCCAUGGCAUUCAUCAACUGCAGCCAUCCUCAAUUGAGAAGUUCGUUGCUGGAGUAUGGAAACAAAUAUAUAGUAACGUCGAGCUUGCACCCAUUUCCCUGGAUAGUAACUGUGUACCAAUGAUCGCGAGCGGUGGAUCCAAUUUCGAGAUGUUUCGAGCCAUCAACUCGCUCUGUCUAAAAAUCACAACAAUAGCACGCCGUUAUCGCUCCUUAGAAACGAUCAUUCAAGCUCACUGGGUCGACUGCUUUGACCAUCGAGUCAAAGAAAUUGGAAUCCAAAAUCCAUUUCUUUCCAACACAGAAACCAAGAUGCUCGCUCUCCGGGAGGCCUGCACAGUUCUUAAAUGGUCAGAAAAGGAGCUAAGAAACAGACUAGCUAUCUGGCGAGGAUACAAAGAAAUUAAGGAUGCAGGCGGCUGGGCCUGCCUGGCCUUUGCUGGCUCUGGAAUUUACAGAUUCUGCAAGUAUCGUGUAGGCUUCGAAAAAAAUCUCGUAACUAGACUCGAACGACUUCAAUCUAGCUUAGAGGUAGCAGCCGAUACGAUCCACCCCGAAUGGCGCAAACUCCUGAAAUUCAUAGGAAUAGAAUCUCAAUUAGCAUAUACUGGGCAUCCACACGACUGGGUUGUCUGCGAUGCAGCAAAACCUGUUACGCUCAAAUCCACCUACACAGAGUGGGACCCAGAUUUCGAGUUCUCUCACGUUGAGGAGUCAAUAACGGAUGAAGCUGCUUGGGGUGUUGAAGACCCUCGUACCGUGGAAGUUGCUAGUACUGCAUGCUGCCACGAUUGCGGAUACUUGCAAUCGAAUGACACCUCUAUCAAUAAAUGUCGCUGCUUUCCAGAGGUGUACGGGUGCUGCAAAACAGUGCCUCCUGUACAGGUUUUUCGUACUCCACUAGGAAUGAACAACGGCAUUAUUGCACGCUGCGGCUUUGCUCGCGGUUCAGCAAUUGGCGAGUUUGUAGGACUGAUUACCAAGGGAAUGGAAGGUAAAGAUGUAAUGCAAAGUAAAAGCACCAAAAAUCAAUACCAAAUAUACCAAGGACGAAUGGGUAACCACACGCGCUUUGUUAACCAUUCCUGCGCACCGAAUAGUCAAUUCCAGAAAUUUCACUGGCUGGGAACUGAACGUAUUGUCUUGGUCUCUAAAGGAAUUGAAGCCGGAAAGGAGAUUACGGUAGAUUACUCACAUGAAUAUUGGAAGGGCCUCGACAAAGAUUGUUUGUGCGGAGAACUGUGUUGCCGGUACGUGAGAGGGCGAGCACGUUCAUCUGCCACUUAAUUCGGUUACUUUACUCUUCAUUAAUAUGUAAAGAUCUUGUAUCACCAGAGGUCAAAUUAGAAUGAAUCAUGAUUUUUUUA